GAAAGCAAAUUCCAAUAAAGAAGCGGCUACGACACUCAACUAUCAACUACAAUCGUCUGUCUAUUUGAACGAAAUCGGACAGUCGAGUCUAUCGCUUCUACAGUCACAUUCCAUAAAGAAGUCAAGCCAAAAGACUCAACAAAGGCUAACACCAGACUUCAAAAAAGAUGUUCACAACGCUCGCAAGGUUAAAUAGCCUCUCCGCUAUCAUCAGCUCUAGCUUAUUCGUCCUCAUCGGGAUGAUUAGUCUGACGAGUUUAAGAUACCCAGAAAGCACGCUAUCAAAUAUCCAACUCACUCAGUUCAACGUCGUAAAUAGCUACAACAAACUCAACGAGUUCGCAUUUCUCCGUUUCGACGGCCUCAUUGACAGCUCUCACUUGUUCGACAACUGGAAUACAAAGCAAGUUUUCGUUCAGCUUACAGCAAACUACAACAACAAAAACACCCAAUCAUCCACCGUCGUAUGGGAUAAGAUCAUCAAACCACACCAACAGCACACCAGAAUCGAAAACGCAAAACAGAAGUAUUCCUUAAAGUCAAAGUCUUUCAAAGACUAUUCCAAUGCUACGCUCACUUUAACAUACGACAUACAGCCCUACGUUGGUCUAAAUAGGCAGGGCGUUUUACACAGCCAGCCGAUUGAAUUCCCUAAUGUGAAAUCGAACAUUUAAAUCAAUUUACUCUUUUUGUUACGCGAUAGUGCCUUCUUGUGUUGCAGAUCCAGCCAUUCACAGUUUUCCCGAUACUCGCAGGAAUUACACUUGUAAACUUCCUCUAUAUCCACUCCCUGAUAUUGUCCUUUGAACCAGAAAUCAAAUGCUUGCUUUAUAUAUCCCGCGAACUCCUCUUCCUCAUAUUUGAAGACAUCUCUGCCGAUAUGUCGACCAUCGUUUGCAUUAUGGUAAACAAUUUCAACCUCCUCAUCAAUGUUUCCAAGCAUAAAUACAGACACACGCCUCAACUGAGCAAUUAAAGGCCUCAAUGUGAGACUAGGCUUAUCUUCUGUCAUCAGUUGUUGCCUAAUUAGCGGUGUUUUAACUUCCUGAUCAAUGUCAAUCUGAUGAGUUGUAAACCAGGCUUCCCAAUCAAAUGUUGGAAAGCCGGAGAGAAGUUUGUGAUAAACCAUUAAUUGUGCUCGAUGGCCUCUGUUGGUGUAUCUCGGCAUGUAACCAUCUGAUCUAGUUUUAUCGUCAAUGACGCGCACUUUGUUGGUAUUUCUGUCUAAUUUGAGUUCAUCUAUAUCACCCUGUACCGUAUGCCCAUCUAUAUAGCCUCUCACACCGAAUUCACGACAUCUUCCCUGCGUUUCAAGUGUCGCGAGUUGUUCACAACAUUGGUGUAGCCAGACAACAUAGUAAUCAACAUCAUCCUCAAAUCUAAUGUCCACUAAAUCAUCCUCUAGGUAGCCGUAUAGUUCUCUUUCUAGCUUAUCAUGAUGAAUCGAUCCUUUGCUCAUUAACUCCUCUUUCGCGAGUGCUUUACUUCUAUCAAUAGUGACUUUCUUGCCUGUAUCACCUAUUAUUUCAGCUGUCCGUUUGUUUACGGGUAUGGUGCUACCUCCAGUUAUUUCAUUGUAUAGUUUCUGAUAUGCACACCAUUGUAUUUCAGAAAUAUCAGUCGCUGCUAGGAAUCCCGCCUUCUUUCUGAAUCUCUCAUACGGGGGAGUCGUUAUGAUUUCAAUUGAAGUGCUCCUAUCACGCUUCUUAUCUUUGUUAUCAAUCCCAGCCUCGAUUUCUUCUGCGAAUGCUCUCACUUCAGCUGUAUCUAGCCAGUUAUCGUCAAACUCUUUAUCAUAAUCACUCAUUUUUAUCAGUAUAUGAUGAAUGCACCCUUAAGGAAGUACAUCCAACAACUUGGUAGAAAGAAUGCACGAAAUUGUGCAUCUUAGUUUUGGAAAUAGUAGUGCAUAUUCUACUGUACAAUACUUUAACCAGCAGGAAUUCUACUUUAGUCAGGAAGACGCAGAUCAACAGCCAAUUGAUCACGACGUCAGUUACAGAGUCGGUGAAGGAUACGACGGCUCAGAGACUUACGUUCCCAGAUUGUUGCUCUACGAUCUGAAGUCCAACUUUGGUAGUAUAAAGAGAGUUAAUGAGCUAUAUGAACAAGAUAGAGAGCGUGAUAGUACAUUUGAUAGCAUUUCUGGACAACAAAUAGAAUACCAUCAACAACCUAUAGGGCAGAAGAGCAGAUAUCAAGAGCAGCUAGAUAAAGGUGAGGAUCCGGCUGCGCCAACCAACGAUGAAGUCAGAUCUUGGACGGAUUUCAACAGAUCGUAUUUUCAUCCUCGGUCUAUACAUCAAAUACCUAGUUUUGUGCAGUCUGGAUCAACACUUAUGGAAGACACUGGUGGUUUGGUCGGCUUUGACGGAUUCAAACUCGGCCAGGAUGUUUACAAGGAUUAUGAGAGGGAGCACUAUUCGUUCGAUGAAGACUUGAGACAUUUUGCAGAAGAGUGCGAUUUGUUGCAGGGCUUCCACGUCAAUGCAGAUAUAAGCGAUGCCUGGAGUGGUUUCUCCUCUGCAUAUCUCGAAGAAGUCAGAGAGACAUACGCCAAAACUCCAAUCAUGGUGUUCGGGCAUGAAAGAGACCAUUUGGCUCCUUGGAAAGCAUCAAGGAAAUACGAAGAUAUCGAAGAUGAUGUCAAGCAUCCCCUAAGUAGUGUUCUCAGAAUGAAUGAGAUGCUGGCUCUUUCGAGACUUGAAGCCGUUUGUGACAUGGUCAUACCAUUGUCUUGUCCUACGACAUGGCGCAAUGAUUACAAUCUGAAGUUGGAUUCGCUCUUCGUGUCUUCAUCCAUCCUGAACCCGCACAUCGAUGCUACUAGUCUUCCUUUGAAACUUUUCAACGGAGGUACGAACAUCCAACAAUUAUCUUCGCAGUUGAACUGGCGUGGCGGUACCAAGAUUGUUUCAUUAUGUGGAGCCGUCGGUGGUACUCUUGACGCUUUUGACUAUAGCGGUAUAAAUUCGAGCAAGGAAAACGAUGUAUUUGCGCAGAUGGAUGUCGUAAGGCCUCCAUACAAACCAAAUCAAGAAAAAUUGGAAGAAAAAUUAGACAGUCGAACAAAACUCAGACACCCAUUGAUAUCUAGGUAUUGGAUUGACAAGCCAGCUUACGCACUUCAUCCAUCCCAUUCAAAAGAUAUAUACAAGGAUGAUGAUCUGAGCACAUUGUCGACGCUCUUAACAUCUGACGCAGUUAGGAGUAAAGUAGAAGAACAUGGAAAGUUAGCUGAGAGUUUCCCAUUUAAAUACGGGGGACUCGGUAGUGGACUUAGUCGGGAUGAAAUGAUAGAGCUCGCUGAGCAGUUCUGGCGGAUACAUUCAUCCUACAACUCUGAUCCGCAGUUUGGCGAACUUGACCUAAGCGAUAGCUUGGGAUCCGAAGGUGAGUAUGAGCUCGAUGAUUGAGGUAAUAUGACGUGUCGGUUUUAUCGGCUAUAAGAAGAGCUGUCAGAGAGGAUUGUAAGGUGCAUAGGAAGAAAAAGAUGGAUAAAA